AUGGAAACUUGUCAAACAUCAAACUGCAUUAAUAAUCCUAUAGCUAUUUGUCUUCAUUGUCAACAAAAACUUUGUGUUGAACAUCUUUUACAACAUAAUGAAGAAAUGAUAAAUAAAGCAAAUAAAUAUUGUGAUGAAUUUAAUGAAUUAACUGAACAAAUUGAAAAACUAUCAUUUGAUGAACAAUUUCAAUCAGCUCAAGAGGAUUUAUAUGAUUGGGUUAAUGAUCAAAUGAAACAAUUAGAUAAAAUCUAUGAACAAAAACUAUUCGAAUUAAAACAAACACAUUGUGAUACUAAUAAACAAUUGAAAAUUUUUAAACAAAUUCAACAAACGAAGUUAAAUGAUAUACAACAUCGAUUAUUUAAUUCUCAAUUAAGUAAACAGAUUAGUUUAGAACAAUUAAAUCGAAUGAAUUUAGCUAUUGAACAAUUACGUGAAGAUAUUCAUCAAUUUAAAACAAAUCAAUGUUCAAUUACAUUAGUUAAUAAUGAUCAAAUGAAUUAUUCUUAUAUACCAAAUAUCGAUAUUCAAUUCAAAAAGAAAAUUGCAGAUGAAAACAAAACUAUUAUUGAAGUAGAGCCAAAAUGUGAUAAAAUUAAAACUUCUCAAUUAAGUGUACAUGCAAAACCAUUUGAAUACAUUCCAAAAGAUCAAAAUUAUAGUUCUUAUUCGUCUAAUCGACAAAAUAAUUUAACGAAUCGAUUAUUCGAUGAAUAUAAUUUAAUGAAAUCUAUAAAUCAAAUGUCUCAUUCAAAAAUUAGUCUUGAUGAAAUAGUUCGUUUUACAUCACGAACAGCUGGUCGUGAUAAAGUCUAUCGAACAGUUCAAUAUGCAUCACGCUUUCUUGCAUGGUACUAUAUAAAUAAACGACAUGCCGGUAGUACUAUACAACGUAUUGAAUUAUUUCAAAAUUUAGAGACAGUUAUGAGUUUAACUCGAAAAGGAAUGCGACUUGGCCGUUUUAUGGAUUAUAUAAAAAGUGUUCUUGAAAGUUUUCAUAUACGAAAUAAACGUAUUGGUACAUUAUUUGGUUUAAUUGCUGUUUGUCAAGGUUUAUUUAUGUUACUUGAUAAUCUUUUAUUAUUUCAUCGUUUUAAAAUAAUUCAUUUAACAAAUCCACAACGUUUACAACAUUAUCUUUAUCAAGUAUGGCUUCUUUGGAUAUCAUUUGCAUUAACACGUGAUUAUUAUGAAAUGCAAGCAUCAUUUGCUAUUGGACAACAUCAUCAUUAUCAACAAAAACAAGAUAAAUCAUUGUUAAAACGUGUAAAUAUAUUUUGGGCUAAUAAACCAUUAGUGAUUGAUACAAUUAAAAAUCUAUGUGAUCUUUAUAUACCAUUAUCAAAUUUAAAUAUUGUCCAUGCUAAUCCUGGUUUACAAGGUUUUGUUGGAACAAUUUCAUCGAUUUUGGGUUUAUUACAAUUAUGGGAUAAAAGUUAUCAAUUACCUGCAUAA